AUGGGGUAUUCAUUAUAAGUACAAUGUUGUAUGAGCUUGGAGAUAUUGAGCUCGAUGCAAGAGCGGUACUGGUGUCGUGGUAAGUUGGAGUACUAGUAUUUUGUUUUGAAGACCGUCACGGCGUCGUUGAAGAAUGAUUCUAGAAUGACCUAGUAUGGUCGUUAUGCCCAUGUCGCUAAUAGAAGGAAAGUGGUGUUCGGCAUUUUAUUAACGUGAUCUACUUCACCUCCCUCAUCUCCAGGUCGUCGCUAAUAGAAGGAAAGUGGUGUUCGGCAUUUUAUUAACGUGAUCUACCAGGUCCUCUCCUACAUCCUGGUCCUCUCCUACAUCUCCAGGUCCUCUCCUACAUCCUGGCGCCACAUGCCAUGAGACCAGGGGACCAGGUCUUAGCCUCUGAAAAUGCAAAUAUCCUUCCUGGAAAUUGCCUCCCUCUGGGAAAGAUACCUGUGUCCUCGGUGAUUCAUAUUAUGAAGUGAGUCGUGAUAAAUUCUCUUCAUUGUUGUAAAAAUUGUAUGACUUCACAUCAAAUCCUGGGAAAUUCUAACUCCCACGUCGAAUUCGAGCCUGGUCGCGGUGGACAGGUAGCGCGUGCGGCCGGCGCCUUCGCGGUGAUUUUAGAUCGCUGUGCACGAUACAGCACAUUGAAACUUUCGUCAACCGAAAUCCGGAAAUUUCACAAUGAGUGUUGGGCCAGUGUAGGCCAAGUGAGCAAUAUCAUGCAUGAUCACAGGUACAACAUUGUGGUUUCCGUACUAGUGCGCAGCUACGUAUCGCUUUUGCUCUUUUGCAACUACCCACUCAGCAUUCACAAUCAUUUAUUCGAAAGUAGGUAAAUUCUAUUCAACAAGAACCCUUUUUCUCUCGCCUCAAAAUUCCCAACUAUUCCUUACCUCUACCGACAAGGUUCAAUCUUUCGCCUCAAAAUUUCCAACUAAUCCUCACCUCUACCGACAAGGUUUAAUCUUUCGCCUCAAAAUUCCCAACUAUUCCUUACCUCUACCGACAAGGUUCAAGGGUAAAGCUGGUGUAAACCGACGUCUAGGAAUUCGACCAUGCGUGCGUGGUAACGCACAGAAUCCGUCGCGGCAUCCUCACGGUGGUGGCGAGCGUGCUAAGAGUGAAAAAGCACCACCACGAAAUGUCUAUUCCAAUUAUGGCAGAAGUACUAUGUAUAAGGACGAUAAGGAGACGGACCUUAAUUGUAGUGUCCGCAUAGCUUUGAUAAGGACAGGGACAUAGACGAUGAUGACUGUCAAAAGUGGGUGACCAUCUGUUUUAGACAGAUACAUAGAUAUUAACCCUGUAAAUAUAGUUAAGCGUAAGUGUUGAGCCCAUUCUUGCACCAUUACUCGACGAUGUUCUCAAAUAACUGGUAAGUACUACUAACUAACCGUAACCCCUACUACAAACAACUUCAGCAUCCAUUUAGUUGUAGAUAACUAACUUCUUCUAACCCUCAUGGCGCCAGGGCAUGAAGACGCGAGAUUUGAAGCAGCCUUUGGGACUGAUUAUCCAUCGCUCGAUGAAUAACAGGGAUAAACGGAAGUUUGCGAUUCGAGUCCGAACCCGAUACAAGAACGAAUGGUGUAAAAUCAAAAUUUUGCGCAAAAAGCGAACGAGGGUGGAUGUGUAAGCUUUUCUUGCUAGAGGAGGAGCACUGUCGUUAUUGCAGGUUGCAAAAACACGUUGUGCCCGUGUUAUGAGUUGUAAUUGCUCAGAAGUACUUCAGAAAAAUGUAGACAAUGAAAGGUGCAAUUGAAAACAAUAUCAUGAAAAGAAGAGCAUACUCAUACAAGAGUCCGUCACAGUAUCGAAAGGGUACAGUUGGUGUGAACCUAGCAGAACAGCAAGAGAAAAAUACGUUUCCCUUGUUGGGGAUGCCAUAAUAUAACGCUCAUGAUAUUACUGCGUGGUAGUUUUUGCCUCAGACAACUUUGAC